CGCCGCCUCGCCUCACACUGCAGGGAGACACCUGCGCUGUCUGACAUUCUGCGGGGCAUCUGCUGUCGACACUGUACACGUAGGUAACAAUCGAAAAGCAACUCAGCUCUUCAGAACCCUCAGAGCCAACUCAAGAGUAUAAGGAAGGCCAGUUCCCCUACACCUUGCCCCAAACACUAGAUAUUCACCGUCCACAGCAGGAGUUUGAGAAAAGACACAAUGUUCAACACUCGCGAUCUGCCAUCAUUAAGCAUGUCAUGUUUCGCACUGUCGUGGUGCGCUCUUACCUGCCUGCUCUUUCUGAGAAUAGACGCUGCAGCUACAGAAGACAGUAGUGCUCACGCCGCGCAGGUACGGGAGACCAUGACCCAGAUUGCGAGAAAAAGGCGCGAAAUCACAGAUGUGGUCCCCAAAUCAGACUUGAGUAAAGAAGGCUUCACACAGGAGGAGAAGGAUUCGAUCAUACACGUUCAUAACUCCUUCAGGAGUGUCGUGAACGACCCUCCGGCAUCCAACAUGAGGGAAGUGAUCUGGGAUGACGCCAUUGCCAAUUUCGCCCAGGAGUGGGCCAAUGGAUGCGGAGGACGUCACAGAGAUAGCCGUAACCUUGACCCCUGGGUCGGCAUGGGGGAGAACCUCAUGUUCAUUUGGGGUAAUGUGGGCCAAAACUCACCUCGUUGGCUGUGGUAUAAAAAGAUGCCCUGUUCUUGACGCCUUUUCGUCCAGAGGAGAAGCGUACUUCAUUGUUUGCAACUACAACGGCAGGUUCCUGGUUGCACAAAAACCUUACGAGAAGGGAGCAGCAUGUUCCGCCUGCCCAGAAGAGGCGCCCAAGUGUCGUUACAAUCUGUGUAUCACAGAGCAAGCGUACACUGCAAAAACCGGCUAUGACGGUAACACAACACUCAUCGGCAUCGACAGACCUGGAGACAACGGAGGAAGCGUGAUCAGAAUCAGCAAAAUUCUGACGGGAGCUAUCACUUUUAUUGUCGUCACUAUAAGAGGACUGCUGUGAUUGGCUCUUGGUUCCCUUCUUUUUGGACAUAUCGGACAUAUAGAUUUUUGUCCGACCAGAAACAUAAUAUCAAAGGCAAUGUCGUGGCAUAUUUCGAACCAACAUACUCAAACCAGAAACACAGCAUUGCACAUUUCAUAGUAUAACUGUUGUCGCCUGCAUUUUGAAGUUUCAGAAAAGAAAACAAAAUAAGAAAAUCUGUACAGUUAAGUUGUUAAGUUUCUUCAGCUGUUCGAAUGAGCUAAAGGUCUUAAUUUAUAGAGUGUCUUCCUAGGUCCGUACAAAAAUGAUAGGGGAAACUUUUAAUUGGAGCACACGAAUGUAUGACAAAAGCUUGCACAGCAAAUGAAGAACAAAACAGAAAGCAAUAAACAAUACAAAAUGAUCAGUAUAUAUUUCCUGUUAUCUUUCAGGUUCAAAUACAUUUUGUUAUGUAAUUUCUAAACGGACACAGUAUACUGCAUGUUCAGCACUUCAUAUUGCCGGGAUAAAACGUCAAUUUAACAGUUUUAAUAUUUUCCUUUUUUUCAGGAAAUCCUGACGUUAGAAAGUAAACGCAUUUGAAUUACACAUGUGCUGAGUUCAUUUUCAUGUUUUUAAAAAUCAUAAUAGAAUAGGCCUACCUUGAAUAUGAUUUGACGGAAAUUCGUCUUCUCUACAGUGUACUUCUCAACAAUAUUAUGUCUUUCGAGCCUUCGCUUUCUGUUUUUUCCCCAAGUAUAUUUCUCAAAGUGUGUCUUGCAAGCCUCCGCUUGUUGAUUCAUUCAGACAACUUUUUUUCGACCGCAGUACAUAUAACUUUGUCAAACAUUCCAGAGUUAUUUUUUGUACAUUUGAGGAAAACUCUGGAAGCUGAGCGCCAAAGUCUGCUUAAAAUAAUAUGUAACAUUACUUGAAGGAAACAUCCAAUAACAAUUUUAAAGAAGUAACCGGAAUAUACAAAUUAUUCCUUCCUUUGACCAUCGAUCACAUUAAAAAAAAGGAAGUUUGAUUUCAACCUAGUAUAGCUUCGCAGUCAGCCUGCCUUCAUACUCUUUGCUCGGUGCUCUGCUCUUGAUAUCCACGUGUAAUUUUUUUUACCACUUUAUUGUAGACAUUUCAUGCAAUACCCACUACAUGUAGAUCUAAAAGCAUGUCAUAUUUAUCACUAGCAAUUAAUCUACCAUUCAGAACGUUUCAUUGACUAUCUGUAUGUCAUUUUAUGUAGUAUGCUAACAAUUUCUCUCAUCAUCAUUUUGCGUUCCAUUAUGUUCUAUUAUGAAAAUAUUUUGCUCGGAUUGUACACAUUUUUUUAUACUGCCUUUUAAAUUUUCAUAACUCUAUGAUGUUUAGUUCUUUACGUACUACUGCUGAAUUCUUUAAGAGAAGAACUUUUGUUUGGAAAAUAAAAAGCCAUUUUCUCGAAACAAA